AUGCGUUUGUCACGUAAUAUUUUUAUUAAAUUGACACUUCUCGGAGCAAUAUUGCUCGCUGUAUUAUACUGUUUUCAAAUAUCAAAUGGUUAUUACUCGAAAUUUAAUUCACAAAAUAAACAAAAUGUUAUUGUCAAUGAAAAUCACUCGACCACCCUAGGCAGUAAUUUUAAAAAUCAAACAUAUGUAAAUAAAUUUAUUAAAUCAUUAGAUAAUACUAAAAAAUCAACAGAUUACAAUGUGUGGUGUAUAUUUACUAAAAUAACUAAUAAUUCACCAAUGAAAAGAAAAUUUCGUAUUUUUACUGACUCAUUAAUAAAAUAUACGUCUGUUGAAAUAACUUAUCAUGUUAUUACUGACAAUGAAAGUAGGAUAAUUGCAGAAGGAAUUAUAAAUAAUAUUAUUUUAGCGUAUAAAAAAACUAUACAGGUGCAAUAUUACGAUGUACAUAAACUAGCGUUACAAUUGGAAGAUAUUGUGUCGGUGAUGUCACCAAAGUUCAGCAGCAAGCCAGGAACAUACUACUCAGACGCAUUAUUUUUCCUGUCGCUAGGCUUGCACAGGAUAGCCUCAGAGCAGCAGAAGCUGGCGGUGAUGCUAGACGUCGACACUAAAUUUCGCAAAGACAUAAAAGAGUUGUUCAAAGAGUUUGACAAUUUUGGUCCUGAUGCUCUAUUUGGAUUGGCGCCGGAGCUCAGUCCUGUCUACCGUCAUGUGCUGUAUUUGUACCGAACUCAAAAUCCAAGUACAGAGUUUGGAGAAGCUUACUCUUCCGGAGGAUAUCCUGGGUACAACAGCGGUGUAGUUUUAUUUAAUUUGGAGAGGCUCAGAAAUUCGUUGGAGUAUGACCAAAUUGUCAGUAGGGAUAUGGUUGAACAUAUAACUACUAAAUAUAGUUUUUUUAGGGUUUGUUGAUUUUUUAAA